CAUCCUUAGUUCAUUUUUAGUUCUAAAGUGCACCUUCUGUUUUCCUGGGUCGCUAAUACCCUGUAAAUGCAAAUUGCUUAUCUGUCCAAUCUGAAGCACACUGCAGCUCUUUAAACACAAGGGAAAUUAAGUAUUGCAAUAUGUCAUUAUAAUAACAGUUGUGGGGUUUUGUCUGCAGUGCAUUUGUGACAUCAUCGGAUAAAGCGCAGUAGUUGCGCGUUUGGGUCGCGUUAUUUUUUUUUUUUUCCUUAUUUUAUUUUCCAUAGAUCUCCUAACCACGAUUUACAUUACACAUUAACAUACACAGUCAGUGGCAAUGAGAGCAGCAGCAACCCAGCCAACGUGGAAAUAAAGAGGAGAGAUGAACCUGUGGACACAAUGAGCCCUCGAGUGUGAUCGUCCGCCCAGCCGCCUUCGUCCUACAGCCCCUCAUCGGAUCGCUCUGCUACUCCCAACCCCUCACGAGACAGCCAUGGCUGGGGAGAAGGUCCGUCGCAACGUGAUGGACGCCCAGCGCUUGGCCAGCCUGCUGCAGCGCGGGUUGGAGCACACGCUGGUCAUUGACAGCCGCACCUUCUCCGAGUACAACUCCUCCCAUGUGUUGAGCUCUGUCAACGUGUGCUGCUCCAAGCUGGUGAAGCGACGGCUCCAGCAGGACAAGGUGUCCAUCACCGAUCUCCUCCAGCCCAACUCCAAGAUCAAGAUGGAUGUGAAAAGGAAGCAGGAAGUGGUGGUGUAUGACCAGAGCACGUGGGAUGCCAGUCUGCUUGCCUCCGACAGCUUCGUCCACAUCCUCCUGGGCAAACUGAACAGCAACUUCCACAGAGUGUCGCUUCUCACAGGGGGCUUUGCUGCGUUUUCCUCCUGCUUCCCGGGGUUGUGUGAGGGGAAGCCAGCCGCCAUCUUGCCAAUGAGCAUCUCCCAGCCCUGCUUGCCGGUCGCCAACGUUGGCCCCACGUGCAUCCUGCCGCAUCUCUACUUGGGUUCACAGAAGGACGUCUUAAACAAGGAUUUGAUGGCACAGAAUGGCAUCACCUUUGUCCUGAAUGCUAGCAACUCAUGCCCGAAGCCGGACUUCAUCUCUGAGAGCCAUUUCAUGCGCAUUCCUGUCAACGAUAACUACUGUGAGAAGCUUUUGCCUUGGCUGGACAAAACCAACGGGUUUAUUGAUAAAGCAAAGGUGGCCAAUUGUCGAGUGAUUGUGCAUUGCCUGGCUGGGAUCUCAAGGUCAGCUACAAUAGCCAUCGCCUACAUCAUGAAGACCAUGGGCUUAUCCUCGGACGAUGCAUAUAGGUUUGUUAAAGACCGGAGGCCCUCGAUAUCUCCCAACUUUAACUUCCUGGGGCAGCUGCUUGAGUACGAGAAGGAUAUGAAGAUGCUGAAAGCCUGGUCCUCCAGUUCCAGCAAGCCCCAGCAGGAGAGGCAGGAGGUGGAGCCUGAGAAGAAGGAAGUGGAGACCGGCAGCGCCAAUACCAACCAGGAGAACGGGCAUUCUACCUCAGGGGCUUCUGAAGCAAAGAAGGGCUCCGAGUCCCAGCCCAAUCCAGAGAAAAGGGAGUCGAAGCUGGCCUCCCCCACCACGCUCCAGCAGGGUCUGAACGGCCUGCACCUGUCGGCCGAACGCAUCCUCGACACCAACCGGCUCAAGCGUUCCUUCUCCCUGGACAUCAAGUCUGCCUACUCCCUGAACAAUUGCCCGCGGACGCCCACCGUCACCACUCCUAUGGACUCUGAAGACGUCCCCAAGCUUUAUAAGCUAGACAGCCCCGGCGGGAGCAAUGGAUUCUGCCAAUUCUCUCCGGUCCUUGAUAGCCCCGGGGCAGCCGAGCCGAGCAGCGAGGCCAAGGUACGGCAGCGGAAGAAACCGAAGCAAAACGGGGGUGCCGGGGGUCCCAUGUCUAGCUCCCCGGCCCACUCUUUAAGCUUGAACUUCAACAGGGAGGGCCCAAUACUCAAGAGCCCAAGCCUGGAUGACAAUCUGAAGACCUCAGUCUUGCUGGGCCUGCCCAAUGGCCAUCAGCCACUAGUAGGGUCCAACGGGAUGAAUGUGUGGAACAAGCACAGGGAAACGGUACAAGCCACAACCCCCGGCACUCCUACAGGCGAGAACCCUUGGUACUUUGGUACAGACUGUCAGCCCGCUCACGGGAGCAGCAGUAGUGGGAACUCCAUGCUGUUCGGCAGCAGCUCGACCUACACCUCGUUCAGCUGCAGCGGGCUCCCGAGCGGCUGUGAGGCGGUGCAGCUGCGGGACAAACCUCAGGAGCACCGAGACUCCCGGGGCAGCUGGCACGAGGACAGCAGGGGCACGGUGGACAAGCAGUUUAAGCGCAGGAGCUGCCAGAUGGAGUUUGAGGAGGGCAUCUCGGAGAACCGGUCCAGGGAAGACCUGGGCAAAAUAGGCAAACAGUCAAGCUUCUCCGGGAGCAUGGAAAUCAUCGAGGUCUCCUGACAGACACGCAGAAGCAAGGGAACUAUUUAAUGGGGAAGGAUUUGGGGGGUAAGAGUGGGUGGGGUGGUUAUUUAUACUUGUUUUAUUUGUAUGAUUUUUAAAAAACAAAUGAACAGUCUUGAGCCUCUUGGCCUCUGAGUAUGCCAGAAAAAAGGGGAAGAAGCAGGGUUGCUAUGGUAAUCCACAACGGCCUCCACACAAAUACAAUUUUUGCUGUACCAUUUCUUUGGGUUAUAUGGAUACCACGCUGCCUCACAAUGCACACCAGAGCCGUGUGGUAUCCUGACCAUGGUAUACAGUGGUACUGAAUUUAUGAAGGAUUCCUUGUUAAGGAGAAUGAAGCCUGAGCUGACUUGGUGAAACCGUGGUACGUACUGUAGCACAGUGCAGUACAAAGUGAGUGUUCCACAAUUUGACACUAGUUCACCGUUCUAAUUGGGCUUUGUAUUUUAAAAGCUAAACGGCAGCCACUCCUUUUUAUGAAUGAUGUGCUCCUCCCCAAGUUUAUUCUGAGCAUGCUCAGAGCAGUGGGUUCCAUUUCGACAACGUGCUGCCGAGUCGCAGUGUCAAGCUUUAUAUGAAAUAAAUAUAUAUCUAUAUAUAAAGGUAAAUGAUUUUACUGCAAUUUUAACUGACUUAAUAUUUCCUCCAGUAUAGUUUUAAUUUAUUUUAUCUGUUCAUUCUGGCAAUGAGAAAUAAUAUAAUGUUGGUGGACUUUUUUUUUCCUCUUUCUCUCUCUCGCUCAUCAGUUUUACUGUAUGGUAUUUAUGAAAAACAAAAAACAUACAAAUUCCAAGCAAUACAAGACAUCUAUGGGUUUUUAUUUCUGUCUGUAUCAACCCUGAAGACUUAGGGAUACAUCUGCCAUUAAAUGCACUUUGUUCUUCUCUAAGAAUCCCGAGCCACAUUCAGUUAACACUUGGAGCUGGCACAAUUGCAUGAUCCAGAUAUGUUCAGUAAGUGGUACUAUUGGCUUCCCAAGCCAAGCGGUAGCCGCGCCUCGGUUUUGACUAUCUUUGGAAACCCAUUCUAUAGCUGCGGUCUAAUCAGAAUAUUCUAAAAUAUGGUGCGGAGGAAACAUGUUUAUACCACAUGAAUAUUUGGCAGCAUCAGGGCAUUGAUUGAGUUGAAUUUUUGUUGAUUUAUUUAGUGACACAUCCAUUCUACUGUAUGACCCAAAAUGGUCCCCUUCUACCAUCUCAUUCAGUUGAUGUUUUUUUUUUUUUUAUCCAUUUGGUAAACCUCAAUCUCUGUGGUAUAACCGUACUACACAAUGGCUUGCAGUAUGAUGCUGUUCAAGGCUUCAGAGGUGGAACGUGGUAUCUAGAUUGCUUCCAGACGAGACUUGAUGCUGAUCCACACCCUGAGAAUGCAUGUUCUAAUCUGAUUACCCAAAGACGUACUGAAUGUAGUCUGAAAGCAAGCAGGAAAAUCUCCUUUUAAAGGAACAAUCAGUACCCAAGUCAGUGUUCAGAAGUCUGCCAUUUUUCUUAGACACGAAAAAGGCGGCCACUUUAGUCAUUAUUGCUACAUUAGUAACAUUACACAAAGUCAUUUCUAGAACAGUAAGCAAACUCGAUGGGUGUGGGUGUUAGCAGUCCAUUUGCAUCCCCCACUGCAGGCCAGGUGUCCUCCAAGCCACACCGCUUAGUUCCCAUAGCAACAAGCUAUUUGAGAGGCCAUUUUGAAAAUUUCAGAGGGGGGAGGUUCAAUGGUGGGGUGGUACCCAAUUCAAGUCAUGACCCACAAAAAAGGGGUACAGACCCCUUCCUACCCCCCUCAAAAAUACCCCAGCAAUGUGUUUCAUUGGGCGCUCCUAGUCACAACGCCAACACAUGUAUUGGAAGUUCAGGUUCCUUGAUCCAAUGGGAUUGAUUCCUACUCUGCAAUGUUAUUGAUUCUCUAUGAUGGUUUUUCCUAAUUGUAACUUUGAACUUUUCUUUCUAAUGGAUGCUGUCGGCAAACAUCCCACCUUACGCGCUCCUCCUUUCAACAGAAGCCGUAAGACUACUCUUUUUCUUUCUGUUUCUUUGUAUUAUUAUUGUUAUUUAAAUACAUGUAAUGAAAGAUGCAGGCUAUCCUGAAUAUUAUUAUUAUUAUUAUUAUUAUUAUAAAUAUUGUUUAUUAUUAUUAUUAUUAUUAUUAUUAUUAUUAUUAUUAUUAUUAUUAUUAUUAUUAUUAUUAUCUUCUUGUUGUAAAUAACAGUGUAUCUAUAUUGGAUGAAUUUAGGUAACUUUUUAAGAUAAAAUAUUCAGAUACCUUUGGCUGCUUGAUGCAAAAUACCUCAGGUUUUAUGGUAAGGCUUUUUUCUCCCCUUGUAAUUGUUUGUGAAAUGAAACACACACACAAAAAAAAAAAAUCUAAAAAAAAAAAAGAGAGUUUCAUCUCAGGUUUGUUUUUAACUUAAAAAAAUGUCAGUAAAGAAAAUAAUUGAAAAUAA